GUCACGCUGGUCCGAGGUCCGCUUCUUUGCUCUUCCCUCCACGCAGGGCAAACGGUUGUACCGCAAACAAUCGACCCGUAAUGCUUCCAAUCCCGCUGCUCCCCGCAGCACUCCACAUAUUCAGCAUGCCGCCCGUUCGAUCCAUGCCCAUCAUCAAACCAGUCAAGACUGAACGUUCACAUGAAGAGAACCAGGAAAGAGCAUACAUCGCCGCCUCACGAAGAAGCGACCGCAGCCUCGAGGCCCGAGUCGAGUCCGCACGACGAGCUUCUGAGAUCCACAAACGCCGCACAGGCCGAUCACUGCGCGUCCGAGAGGAAGAUGUUAUGAAUGAGGAGAUGUACGAAGAAGAGGACAAUGACAUGCCUUCACAAUUACGGCGGCUCAACGCCUUGCACGGUAUCACUGGUCCUCUUGGUGAACGUUUCCAGAGCUCGCUCGCAAUGCAGCUCGGCAUGCGUGAAGCCUUGAGCCAAGCGCUGCUACGAAAUCAGCAAUACCAAAAUGCUAAUGCGACUGCCAACGCCGAGGCGAAUGCCGCCAACGGCUUCAUGAAUCCGAUGAUUCAAUCGAACAUGAUGAUGUCUUCACCAAACAUGCCUGACGCAUUCGGCAACCAACAAUCAUGGCAGAUGCAACAGCAGCCGCAACAAUUCCCACAGCAUGAUCGCCCCAUGCUUUCCUCCUCUGGUCAGAACAACUCUCAACAGCAUAUGCCCGCGUACUUUCCCCAAAACCCCAACUUCACCCUACAGCUUGACAAGCGACGAUCAACGAUGCCAUUGUCUGCGAAGGAUUCCGCGUCAGUGAAGUCACCCACGGCCUCACAUCCAUCAACACCGCACAGUCUUAUUCCAUCUACAACACCCGGAGCAAGCCACGAUUCACCUCAGCAGGUACCAACGCCACCCCAUUCAGCUUCAGCAUACACACGUGGCCAGAGUUCUUCUGCUGGUUCACCGCUCAUGACUGCUGGAAAGCCCAUCACAGCCAUGCAGCGAUUCACGAAUAACAACAACAGCGAUCCUCUCACAUUGCAAUUGCCUACUGAGACUCAGCAGAUCCUUGGCAUGGGCUUUCCCAUGAACAACAACUUCUCGUCAAUGAUGAAGUCCGCUACCUCGCCGACGGGUGCCUACACAUAUAACCCCAACGGCAUGCGAGCAGUCGGCAACGGCCGCAACACCAGCUUCCACGACAUGAAGUCCGCUCCGGGCAUGAUGUACUCCCCUCACAGCUUCUACCAUCCCAACCAGCAAUCGCAAUUCCAAAAUCACCUCCACACUCCGCUCACCGGCCUGAACCAAACCAUCUCACCCAGCGCCCUCUCAAACCUAGAUUCCAGCUUCACCGCCGCAUCCACCAACAUGCCAUCCUCAACCUUUCCCGAGUCAUCACUCGACUACAACAACAACAGUGGCUUCUUCAACCCCGGUUGCAGCUUCGAUAAUUUUGGCGACGACGCCAUGGUCGGUCCUCAAUCGGGCAUGUACUCACUAGGAGGACCGACGCAAGGUGACAGCGGCUGGAACACGCCCGGCCUGAACAACGAGCCGAGCUGGAACCCGGAAGACUUCGUCGACUUCGGCCAGCCUUCCACUUGAAAAUGGGUUCGAUUCAACUUACAUUUGGCAUGUUUCACGACGCAAUUAAUCUGCUGU